UGAAGCCGCUGGUGAUAUAACCUGUUUGGCUGCAUUUCAUAGUAACCGGAUAGCUGCACCGAUUCAGCCUUGUGUAUCCCAGUAUCUGAUUCUUUCCAGACAAGCUGGUGGUCAUAAUGCUUGACCUGGUUGGAUGUUUAUCAUUGUGCCUGGAACUUGUGAAUUAUUGCCCAGAGCUGUACACGAGCCACAUUCAACUAUCGGCGAUGGACCAGAAAAUGACAACUUCAUCCCUGCAUGACGAAGCUGUGUAAAGAACUAAGACUGAGAUGGCCAGUUCAAGUGAUGUCACACGUGUGUCAUUGCCACAGGAGGAGGAUGACCAGAUGAUUGAGGUCAUCACCUCAGAAGAAAAUACGAUGAGCGCCAACUCAGGCGAUGCCCCUAAAGCCAUCACCCUCGUCCAGACGCAGAACAUAUUUACUGGACCAACCGCUGCAGGGACUGUUGGUGAGGCUACCCUUGACAUCCAAAUAAGUGAUGCUGAAGAAAUCUUUGUUGAAACGGAGAGUUUCGGGACUAUAAAACAAAAACUGAAGGAGUUUGGCCAUGUCACCAUCUGUGGUGCUUCAGGAGAAGGCAAAACAACAGCAGCACUCAUCUUGGGUUCACAGUAUAAGAGAAGAGGGUACAAGUUUGCCUUUGUGGACAGGAUUGAACAGUUUGACUUGGACAACUUCUUGAGCUCAUCACCUAGAGUAUUUCUGGUCAUAGAUGACAUGUUUGGUACUGUUGGAUUAUCUACCGAUGUUUCACAGCUGAAAACAUUUCUCAAUAAGCUUGAUCGCCACUUAAAACACUGCAAAAAGUCAGCAGAGAACCGUGAAUCCCCAAGGAAACAGGAAGCUGAGAAAAGAGGUCAAAAUAUAGCAAGUAGAGAUCAUGACCGAAAACCACAGCCCAAAAAGGAUAUUCGUGUUGUCUUCACAUCCAAGACUUACAACUUCCAUGAUGGACUUGGCCAGCUACAAUAUGAGAGAUUCUCUCUGUUCCAGGGACCAACACGGGUGGAUUUAACAACUGAAAAGAAACACAGAUAUACUCAAGCAGAGAAACAGGCAAUAUUUGAGCACCAUCGGAAUCUGCAUAGAGACACUUCUAAAGAUAGACCCGACUUCAAACCGUGGGAGAAAGAGUCAAACAUAUUUGGAUAUCCUCUCACCUGUAAACUAUAUUUUGAAUUUUCGUCUAUGUUCCAAAAUACAAAGAACAUUUUCGAGUCACCACUGUCUUAUCUUAGGCUAGAACUAAACAGCUUCCUGAGGUCAAAAACUGAUCGAUCCGCCAUAUUAGUUCUGAUGCUAUUAUGUGAGGAUAAGUUAGAUUUGGCCAUGUUGGAAGCAGACGGCAAGGACAAGAAAAUGGACAACAUGGUCAGAAAGGUUUUAAAGUUGAUGCCAUCAGCGUCACGCUUAGGGAUGUAUGAAGCAGCAAAGUGUCUUAGAGGAACAUUCUUUACACGGGGUGAUGCUGUUGGAUUUGCCCAUUCUUCCAUAUAUGAUGCUUGUGCUUGUUCAUUGUAUGACAUCAGUCCAACAUUUGUGCUGACUCACUGCAGUGACAACUUCAUAUAUGAGCGAGUGCAGCCACAACCAGUAGAGGAAAGCAAAAUCGAUGAUCAUCUCCACCUAAUAUUUGUCUCCGAACAGUAUUAUGAUAUCCUGACAACUCGAUUUGCAGAAUCAAUCAAGAAGGGGCAGUUUUCUAAAUCAGUGACACACCCGAUCCUCCGACAAGAAAAGGUGGCUCUUCAACUGCUUGAUAAACUACGUGUUGGAUCCCUGGAUGACUGUUGGUUUCACAAAAGAGAUAUGGGGGAGUGCUUUUUGAAUUGGGCUGUUCUUGGACACUGUACAAAGAUUGUCUUAGAAAUAGAAAAUAUAACUGGAGGAGAAUUUACUCGAACAGAGAUCAAUGAAUCACUGGAAAGUUGUGUGAUGAACAACAACGUGACAGUAUUGAAGUGGCUUAUACCCAGGAGUGAAAAUCCAGACAUUAUUCUAACCAUGAACAGAUGGCUUUUGCUGGCUGCUGCAUUUGGGAGUUCUGAAACACUUGUGUAUCUGAUAGAACAUGGCGCUAAUGUGCUUACUACUAUUGAGAACAAGACAAACAUUAUACACAUAGCAAGCAUGCUAGGACAUAAGAAUACACUAAAGGUUCUGAAAGAACAUAAGAGCAAACUUUAUAAUGAUGAAGUGAAGCAAGUUGUAAUGAAUUCUAUUGAUGACGAAGGGAUGACUCCACUCAUGGUUACUGCUAACAUGGGAUCGCAUGAGUGUUAUAAGGUAUUGCAAUCAAUAUCACACACACAAAACAGAGACAAAAGGGGAAAUGAAAUAAUUCAUCUUGCCUGUCAGGGUGGUGACACGUCUAUAGUACAACAUCUUGUGUCAUCUUCUAAUAUCAAUACUAGAGGACAGAAUGGAUGGACACCCAUAAUGAUAGCAGCUGUCAAAGGACACCAAAGUGUGUUUGACCUCCUGUUGUCAAAGCAAGCUGACCUGUCAGUGGUGGACAACAAUGGUGAUAGUUUACUUCAUCUUGCCUGUGCGGGUGGUAACAAUUCUAUAGUAUCUCAACUUGUGUCACCUUCUAAUAUCAACACUGGAGGACAGCAUGGAUUGACACCCAUAAUGAGAGCAGCUGUCAAAGGACACCAAAGAGUGUUUGACCUCCUGGUGUCAAAGCAAGCUGACCUGUCACUGGUGGUCAACAAUGGUGAAAGUGUCCUUCAUCUUGCCUGUGAGGGUGGUAACAAUUCUAUAGUAUCUCAACUUGUGUCACCUUCUAAUAUCAACACUAGAAGACAGAAUGGAUUGACACCCAUAAUGAUAGCAGCUGUCAAAGGACACCAAAGUGUGUUUGACCUCCUGGUGUCAAAGCAAGCUGACCUGUCACUGGUGGACAACGAUGGUGAUAGUGUCCUUCAUCUUGCCUGUGAGGGUGGUAACAAGUCUAUAGUAUCUCAACUUGUGUCACCUUCUAAUAUCAACACUAGAGGACAGAAUGGAUUGACACCCAUAAUGAUAGCAGCUGUCAAAGGACACCAAAGUGUGUUUGACCUCCUGGUGUCAAAGCAAGCUGACCUGUCACUGGUGGUCAACAAUGGUGAAAGUGUCCUUCAUCUUGCCUGUGAGGGUGGUAACAAUUCUAUAGUAUCUCAACUUGUGUCACCUUCUAAUAUCAACACUAGAGGACAGCAUGGAUGUCCACCCAUAAUGAUAGCAGCUGUCAAAGGACACCAACGUGUGUUUGACCUCCUGGUGUCAAAGCAAGCUGACCUGUCACUGGUGGACAACAAUGGUGAUAGUUUACUUCAUCUUGCCUGUGAGGGUGGUAACAAGUCUAUAGUAUCUCAACUUGUGUCACCUUCUAAUAUCAACACUAGAGGACAGAAUGGACGGACACCCAUAAUGAUAGCAGCUGUCAGUGGACACCAAAGUGUGUUUGACCUCCUUGUAGCGAAAAAUGCUGACCUGACACAUUGGAUUGCCAUCAUAAUAGUUCACAUAGUUUUGCCAGCCAUUCGGUCGCUACGACUUUAGUACAUUAACUGUGUCACCCGCUAACAGUGUUAAACCCGGAAGUUACAGCCCACAGAGAAAAAGUUGUUUUACUGUGUAUGUUUCCUUUCAACUUGUCUGGCAAACAUUUUGAACAUGAAUUGUUCAAGAUAACUCUUACAUCUCUGAACUCAUUUAGAAAGCUGAAAAUCUUUAAAAUGUGCUUUUAGAGUUUAAGGGUCAAUUCAGGAUUACUUCCCCCAUAUUCGUUGGAUGAGGGUCAAGUAAAAAUAUAUAUUUGGUCACAUAUUGACCUUGACCAUGGAGCCUCCUGAACACGCCACUGACAUUAUCAGAUGUCUGCACCGGCCUCAGAUACAAAUGGCCCAUAACAGUUUGUUGCACAUAUAUCAGUUACCUAGACACAUAUCUAUUUGUUAAACAUUUAACCUUAUAGAACAAACAGGUCUCAAGAAAAUAUGGUUCAUACUAGUCUGUCUUACAGACCCUGAUACAAGUUUAUCAAAUAUAGCCCAUGCAAGUCUAUAAUGUUUCUAAACGUCUAGAUUACAGGAGUAUGAGGAAAUGAAGAGGAUCUCUUGGCCCCUUUUUAUAAUAUUUUUAUAAAGAUAAUGUAACUGUUGUUGUUGUUUUCUGUACGAUAUGUUCAUUUCAGAGACUCGAUAUUAGUCUAGGUUUAUACCUGUACAUUGUAUUCCAUCAAUACUUACUAAUUGAAUUUCCGCUGUCUGCAUUGUAAUUCCUACAUUCUCUAUAGGUAAAUUGGGCACAUAUUCAUUUCCCAAUGAAGGUAAAAAAUUAGGCCACUCCCACCGAAGCGGAGUACUUACCUCACUACGGAUUGUCGGGGGAAUUCCCUGUCUGCUCACAUGUAUCAUCAUGAAGUUAUCAGACCUAGUAACCGUUCAGUGCGGUUUUUCAUUAUCAAACAUACCACCAAUACCGCCAUCUUUCACACUCACUGCACAAAGUCAGACAUCGCACAAUCUCAGUUCCACAAAUUUCCUGUCUUCAAGUUUUAUUUCAUUUCUAACUCAAUUUGUUUCCAACUGUGUCUUCCAGUUCUUAGGGAAUUAAUGUGUUGAUCUGACGGCCAUUGAUUAGGUCAGCCGCCUUAAAUUCUCCAAUCAUAAUAGCUGCAGUUCUUCUCGCCUUGAUUGAAAGGUCCUGUGAACUGUGUUUGAUAUUGAUGUUAAUUGGCUACUGACUUUGUGGGCGUGUUAAGCUCUGUGCAUAAAUUAAACAAUCACCUGAUUCAUGUCAUGACACAUUAUGUAUUUCUACGCCUGGAAUGUUUAUCAAUCUCGUCAUAUUUGUCUGCUUUGAUGUAUAUAACUGUUUUUUGAUAACACAUGUUUUCAUUGUCAAAUUAUAUUAUAAGGAUUGACUGUGUAUUUUUGUUUCGGCUCAUUGAGGUCUCAUAGCGACCAAUUUGGGACAUCCUUUGUCUGAAUGAACAUCUAAUUACAAAGACUAACUACCCUGUGGUCAUGACAUGUAUGUGUCUACAAUCACUUAAUUGCCAUUACUUAUAAGAUGUGCAUCCCAAUUUUCAAUCCCCAUUGUAAUGUACAUUGACUGACAGCCAACAAGAACGAGAUGUGCAGCUAGGUCACUUCUCAUUAUUUGUUGGGCGCUCGUGUAGCCUUGUGGUUAAAAGCGUUCGCUCGUCACGCCGAAGACCCGGGUUCGAUUCCCAGCAUGGGUGCAAUGUGUGAAGCCUAUUUCUGGUGCCCCCCGCCGUGAUAUUGCUGGAAUAUUGCUAAAAGCGGCAUAAAACCAUACUCAUUCACUCACUCACUCACUUAUUAUUAGUGUUGUUUAUAUCUUAAUCCGUUUCAGAUGACCUUGGCUAAGUCAUGGUCCCAAGACGACAAAAACCCAUACUCAUACUCAAAUGAAAGGAAAGUAGCCAUCUUACUCCUGAGACUCGGUCGCAAAAAGCAUUAUGCUAAGGUAUGCCCAUCUUGAAUCCAUAGCUCAUUUGUUACUGGAAUGUCGAGACCAUGCCCAAGUCUGAGCUCAGUUAAAACAAGAAGUGCAGUCUAUCUGUCGUAGAUCUCCCGAAGCCACGAUAUGCUCAGCUCCUUGAACGUAUAAAAACAGUACAGCAAAGAAAAUUCUACCAAUUACUAAAAAUGUAACAUAAAAUCAUAUCAAUACAAAAACAUAAUUUUUUUCAAUACUAAAACUCAUAAUAGAUAUGUGUACCCCACUCACACGCACGAGUCCCAAGAGGGACAGGUCAGCACACACGCAAGGACGGACGGAGGAACCCAUUUAUAUAUCCCCCGCCAACUUCGUUGUAGUAUACUGUACAUAUUGAUCCUGGAAUGAAUAAUGGAUCGUGUGGACUGUGGUUAUGAUUGAUGGAUGAAAUAACAGACACCCAUCAUUGCUCUUUAUACCAUGUAGAUACAAUGAAUACUGUGCGUCCAUUCUCUGCAUGUACAUCACGCACAUUUGUCCGUCGCAUUAAACCCUGAUCUCAGUCUCA